CCCACCUGGGGAGCAUGAGGGCCGGCAGCGUGUACGGAGGAGCCGGAGGAUCUGGAGCCCGUAUCUCCAAGUCCUCAUUCUCCUCCUCCUCCAGUGCUGGCGGUGCCUUCAAGCUGAGCGACGCCAUGGACGUCUCUGUCAGCGAGAAGGCCACCAUGCAGAACCUCAACACCCGCCUGGCCACCUACCUGGAGAAGGUGCGCAGCCUGGAGAAGGCCAACGCCGAGCUGGAGCUGAAGAUCAGAAAGUUCCUGGAGAGCAAAGCUGCGCCGGAGGCUCACAACUUCAGCAGCUUCAACGUCCAGAUCAAAGACCUGCAGGACCAGAUCAAAUUGGCUGCUUGUGGAAACGCCGCACUCGUCCUCGCCAUCGACAACGCCAACCUGGCCAGCGACGACUUCAAAGUCAAGUACGAGAACGAGUUGACCAUGCGUCAGAUGGUGGACGCCGACAUUGCAGGGGUGAAGAGGGUCCUGUACGAGCUGACUCUGAGCCGGACCGACCUGGAGAUGCAGAUCGAGGGGUUGAAGGAGGAGCUGAUCUUCCUCAAGAAGAACCACGAGGAGGACCUGCUGGCUCUGCGGGCCCAGGUGGGAGGUCAGGUGAACGUGGAGGUGGAUGCCGCUCCUCAGCAGGAUCUGUCCGCCAUCAUGGCCUCAAUCAGAGAACACUACGAGACCGUUGCUGCUAAAAACCAAAGAGACCUGGAGUCCUGGUUCCAGGCCAAGACAGCUGAGCUGACCAAAGAGGUGGCUGUGAGCACUGAGACCCUGCAGACGUCCAAAUCUGAGGUCGGAGAGGUCCGACAAACUCUUCAGAGUCUGGAGAUCAAACUUCAGGCUCGGAACAGCAAGAAAGGAGCACUGGAGGCGACUCUGGCUGAGACCAAAACCCGCUACGCCAACAUACUGGUAGGUUACCAGAGGCAGGUGGGGGCUCUGGAGGAGCACCUGGAACAGCUGAGGACCGAUCUGGGGAACCAGAGGAUCCAGUACACAGAACUGCUGGACAUCAAGACCAGACUGGAGCUGGAGAUCGCCGAGUACAGGAGGCUGCUGGAUGGGGAGACUGAGAGGUGA